CGCUGCCCACCCGGAGGGAGAGCGCGGACCGGGAACCAUGCGCCGCGGAGCCCCGGCCCGGAUGGGCCCGCCGAGGUGGCUGCUGCUGGCCGUGACCGUGGGACUGCUGGCCCCGAGCGUCCUGGCGGGUGUGAAGAAGUACGACGUGCCGUGUGGUGGCAGGGACUGCAGUGGCGGCUGCCAAUGCUUCCCCGAGAAAGGAGGGCGGGGCCAGCCGGGACCCGUGGGCACCCAGGGCUACAGCGGGCCCCCGGGGCUGCAGGGCUUCCCGGGCCUGCAGGGAAACAAGGGCGAGAAAGGUGAGCGCGGCAGACCCGGCGUCGUGGGACCAAAAGGCGAAGUGGGCGUCAGAGGCGUGUCCGGCUUCCCCGGGGCCGACGGGAUCCCCGGGCACCCGGGCCAAGGCGGACCCCGUGGGCCGCCCGGCUAUGAUGGCUGCAACGGCACCCAUGGAGACAUGGGCCCGCCGGGACCUUCUGGCGCUGGGGGCUUAUCCGGCUCUCCCGGGCCCCAAGGACCAAAAGGGCAGAAAGGCGAGCCGUACGCCCUAUCUCCCGAGGAGCGACACCGAUACCGGGGGGAGCCCGGCGAGCCGGGACUGGUCGGCUUCCAGGGUCCCCCCGGCCGCCCGGGGCCCAUGGGGCGAAUGGGGCCAGACGGCCCUCCAGGGAGACCGGGCCCACCGGGACCCCCUGGACCCAAAGGGCAGCAGGGCAACCGCGGACUGGGAUUCUACGGAGAGAAAGGCGAGAAGGGCGACAUGGGCCUGCCGGGGCCCAACGGAGUUCCGUCCGAGGGGCAGCCCGUCACCGGCCCCACCAAGGACACCCUGCACCUGGAGCACUACAAGGGCAUCAAAGGGAGCCAGGGGGACCGCGGGAGACAGGGCUACGGCAUGAAGGGGGAAGAAGGCAUCGUGGGCUUCCCGGGAGAGCGGGGCCUGACUGGCUACCCCGGAGAGAGGGGAGACGUGGGACUGACGGGAACCAGAGGUCCUGAUGGCUACCCAGGUCCUGACGGCCCUCCCGGACCCAAGGGAGAACCCGGCGUCCAGGGCCCCCCCGGCCCCCCAGGCUACUCCCCGUAUCCAGCCCUCACCAAAGGCAUGAGAGGUGAACCCGGGUUCCCGGGACCCCACGGGGAGCCCGGCAGCCGUGGCCAGCCAGGAGACCCCGGGCUCCCAGGCCUGCCGGGCACACCCAUGGGAACGGAAGACGAGAAGAGGGGCUUCCCCGGAGAGAUGGGGCCCAAAGGCUUCAGCGGAGAACCCGGCAUCGCCGCGCGGUACCCCGGACCCCCUGGGACAGAUGGCAGGCGAGGAGCACCAGGCCUCCCUGGGGCCGCCGGGGCCCCCGGACCCGACGGCUUCCUCUUCGGGCUGAAAGGGACAGAGGGACUUGAAGGCUACCCCGGCCCCUCGGGCUUCCCCGGGGCCCGUGGACAGAAGGGAUGGAAAGGUGAAGCUGGGGACUGCAGGUGUGGUGACGAGUUCACGCGGGGACCCCCGGGCCUGCCUGGAUACAAAGGCUUCCCCGGCACCAACGGAGAGCCCGGGCGCAAAGGCGACGCGGGGGAGCCCGGCGCCCAUGGCAUCCCCGGCUUCCCGGGCUUCAAGGGAGCCCCUGGCCAGACAGGCCCCCCUGGGCCCAAGGGCGCGAAGGGAGACUCCAGGACCAUCACCACCAAAGGUGAGCAGGGCCAGCGGGGAGUGCCCGGCGUGCCUGGCCUGAAGGGCGUAGACGGCUUCCCCGGCCGCGACGGACUCGGUGGAUUCCCGGGCCUGCCGGGCCCCCCGGGUGACGGUAUCCAGGGCCCCCCGGGAGACGCGGGCUACGAGGGGCUUCCCGGCGCCAAGGGCCUUCCUGGAGAGAUGGGCCCCCCAGGCCUGGGCCUGCCUGGCCCCAAGGGCGGACGCGGCUUCCCCGGAGAGUCAGGGGCUCCCGGCAUGCCGGGCUUCCCCGGGCCUCCCGGACCCCCAGGCUCGCCAGGACAGAUCGACUGUGAUGAUGACGGUGUGAAAAGACCCAUCGGGGGACAGGACCAGGCGCCCCUGCAGCCAGGCUGCGUCGGAGGACCCAAGGGAUACCCAGGACCCCCAGGGCCCCCCGGCCCCCCAGGAAUCAAGGGCCUGCCCGGAGUGCCAGGCUUGUCGGGGGCUGACGGAACCCCAGGACUCAAGGGUCUUCCAGGAGAUCCCGGCCGUGAAGGGUUCCCGGGACCCCCAGGGUUCGUGGGGCCUCGAGGAUCCAAAGGAGCCAUGGGCCAGCCCGGUCCCGACGGCCUCCCAGGGCCCAGCGGUGUGCCAGGACCAGCCGGACCCCCCGGAGACAGGGGCCUGCCAGGAGAAGCUCUGGGCGCCCAGCCCGGGCCUCGAGGAGAUGCUGGCCUGCCUGGACACCCCGGGCUGAAGGGCGUCCCUGGGGAGAGAGGCCCUCCAGGCUUCACGGGGAGCCCGGGCAUGCCCGGAAUGCCAGGACUCAAGGGCCACUUCGGCCUGCCGGGACCCUCAGGCCAGCCUGGGCUGCCGGGACCACCAGGCCAGCACGGCUUUCCCGGGCCCCCUGGCCGAGAGGGGCCCUUAGGACUGCCGGGUGCCCCGGGAUUCGGAGGCCUGCCUGGGGACCGAGGAGACCCGGGGGACACUGGCGUGCCAGGCCCCGUAGGCAUGAAGGGCAUCUCUGGUGACAGAGGGGACCCCGGCGCUCUGGGGGAGCAAGGCCAGCCGGGCUCGCCUGGCUUCAAAGGCAUGGCAGGGAUGCCGGGCACCCCCGGGCCGAAAGGGGACCGGGGGUCACCCGGGAUGGACGGCUUCCAGGGCAUGCCCGGCUUCCAGGGCCGGCCCGGCUCUCCAGGCAGCAAAGGAGAAGCCGGCUUCUUCGGGGUGCCGGGGCUGAAGGGCCUGGCAGGGGAGCCCGGGGUCAAAGGCAGCAGAGGAGAACCAGGGCCCCCGGGACUGCCACCCGUCAUCGUGCCGGGAAUGAAGCACUUCAAGGGGGAGAAGGGCGACAAGGGCCCCAUGGGGCUGAAGGGCUUCCUGGGCCUGAAAGGCGUCAUCGGCAUGCCAGGCGUCCCCGGGCUGUCAGGUGUCCCUGGCAUGCCAGGGAAGCCCGGCUACAUCAAGGGCGCCAAGGGGGACAUCGGUGUUCCUGGCCUGCCCGGCUCUCCUGGCUUCCCCGGCGUUCCCGGGCCCCCUGGUAUCGCCGGCUUCCCGGGGUUCAUCGGCAGCAGGGGUGAGAUGGGGGCCCCCGGCAGAGAGGGCCUGUUCGGGGAGGCCGGCCCCACGGGCGACUUCGGCGACAUCGGAGACACCAUCAACCUACCCGGAGCCCCCGGACUCAAGGGGGAACGUGGCGGCACAGGGACCCCAGGCCGGAAGGGCUUCUUCGGAGAGAAGGGCGCCUGGGGCGACAUCGGCUCCCCGGGCAUCACCGGCAUGACGGGCGCCCAGGGCCCCCCCGGGCAGCAUGGACAAACAGGAUUUCCGGGGCUCACGGGGCUGACGGGGCUGCAGGGAGAGCCCGGCCGGAUCGGGGUGCCAGGAGACAAAGGCGAUUUCGGCUGGCCUGGGGCCCCCGGCUUACCAGGUUUUCCGGGCGCCCGAGGCAUCGGGGGACUCAACGGCUUACCCGGCACCAAAGGCUCCCCAGGCUCCCCAGGGCCCGACGGCCAUGGAGACGCUGGCUUCCCUGGGCCUGUUGGGGAGAGGGGAGACCCCGGAGAGCCCAACACCCUUCCUGGACCCCCCGGAGCCCCCGGUCAGAAGGGGGAGCGCGGAGUGCCAGGGGAACGUGGCCCAGCGGGGAGCCCGGGACUCCAGGGCUUCCCAGGUGUCACCCCUCCGUCCAACAUCUCGGGGGCCCCUGGUGACGUCGGGACACCCGGCAUCUUCGGCAUGGAAGGUUAUCAGGGCCCUCCAGGCCCCCCUGGACCUGCUGCCUUUCCUGGGAGCAAAGGAGAGGAGGGCCUUCCCGGGAUCCCCGGGAGCCCCGGAAGCAAAGGCUGGGGCGGAGACCCAGGGCCGCAGGGCCGGCCCGGUGUGUACGGCCUCCCUGGAGAGAAAGGCCCCCGCGGCGAGCCAGGCUUAAUGGGGAACACAGGCGCCACGGGCAUUGUGGGGGACCGCGGCCCCAAGGGCCCCAAGGGUGACCGCGGACGGCCUGGACUACCCGGGUCCAUGGGGUCCCCUGGGAUUGUGGGGAUCCCCCAGAGGAUCGCCGCACAGCCAGGGCCCAUGGGUCCCCAGGGCAGGCGAGGACCCCCAGGAGCACAGGGCGAGGCAGGGCCACAAGGACCCCCAGGAGACCCAGGGCUCCGAGGGGCUCCCGGGAAGGCCGGUGUUCAGGGCCGAGGCGGCGUGUCAGCUAUGCCAGGAUUCCGCGGUGACCCCGGGCCCAUGGGCAACCAGGGCCCUAUCGGCCAGGAAGGAGAGCCCGGCCGCCCUGGAAGCCCCGGCCUGCCUGGCCUGCCCGGCCGCAGCGUGAGCAUCGGCUACCUGCUGGUGAAGCACAGCCAGACGGAGCAGGAGCCCAUGUGCCCGGUGGGCAUGAACAAGCUGUGGAGCGGCUACAGCCUGCUGUACUUCGAGGGCCAGGAGAAAGCCCACAACCAGGACCUGGGCCUGGCCGGCUCCUGCAUGGCCCGCUUCAGCACCAUGCCCUUCCUGUACUGCAACCCGGGUGACAUCUGCUACUACGCCAGCCGCAACGACAAGUCCUACUGGCUGUCCACCACGGCCCCGCUGCCCAUGAUGCCGGUGGCCGAGGAAGAGAUCAAGCCCUACAUCAGCCGCUGCUCCGUGUGCGAGGCCCCAGCCAUGGCCAUUGCCGUGCACAGCCAGGACGUGUCCAUCCCGCACUGCCCGGCCGGCUGGCGCAGCCUGUGGAUCGGAUACUCCUUCCUCAUGCAUACAGCCGCCGGCGACGAGGGGGGCGGCCAGUCGCUGGUGUCGCCGGGCAGCUGCCUGGAGGACUUCCGUGCCACGCCGUUCAUCGAGUGCAACGGGGGCCGAGGCACGUGCCACUACUACGCCAACAAGUACAGCUUCUGGCUGACCACCAUCCCCGAGCAGAGCUUCCAGGCCUCGCCGUCGCCGGACACGCUCAAGGCGGGGCUCAUCCGCACACACAUCAGCCGCUGCCAGGUCUGCAUGAAGAACCUGUGAGCCGCGGCCGGGCCACGCCCGCUUGGUGCUUCUGGACUCAGUACCUCAGCCCCCCCACCCCCCCACCCCUGGCCUGCCCACCGGGGCUCCCCACGGGCCCGGGUGCGGUACUCAGCACCCGUGUCCACAGCCCCACCCGCCUCAGUAUUAACCCCACAGCCAGGCCGGGCACCUACCCAACCACCCUAGUCGGACCCCCCGGGAGGUGUUCGGGCCCCACUGCCCCCCGCACUGCCUUCUCCCCAAGGUGGGCGCCCAGCCCCAAUCCCCAGGGGGGCAGGAAGGAGCCUGCCCUGGAAGCCCAGCCUGGCCGUGCCUUUCCCUCCGGUGACGCUGCCUGCCCGAGGGCCAGGACAGCCCCUGGGACCACGGGGCCUACCAGCCAGAGGGCCAAAGGUGACCCCGUGCUCAGGGACUGGGAUCUGUGCUCUAUGACCGCUCAUCCUGUGAACGCCUGUGAAUAAACUUGGUUUU